UGCGCCCACACUGGACAACUCAGAGGCCGCCCCACGUGUACCGUAUUGACUGUCAAUGUCUCCGGGAGCCCGAAUCCCGGAAGCUGUGAGUUCUGAGAGAAGUUCCUGCACUUGGUGCCCCGAGUCUGCGAAUCCCCAACCAUGAGCACUCCGGGCGUGCUGUCCUUUACCCAGCAAGCCUGGGAGCAGGUGCUGGCCAAAGUGAAGCGGGCCGUGGUCUACCUGGACGCCGCCUGCGCCGAGAGCCUGCAUUGGGGCUGCGGGUCCUCACGGCUGCUGGAGGCGGUGGGGAGCUCUGCGUGUUACCUGCGGGAGUUCGAGCCUGCUGCAGUUGGUGGCGGGGCCGAGCAGCCCAAAGCAGUGUUUGUGCUGAGUUGCCUGUUGAAAGGCCGGACUGUAGAGACCCUACGGGACAUCAUCUGCCGCAGUCACUUCCAGUAUUGUGUGGUGGUCACGGCUGUGAACCACGCAGUCCACCUCACGGCUAAUCAUGUCCCGGCGGCGGCAGCGGCCGAGCUGGAAGGGCAGCAGCCGGUGUUCGAGCAGCUGGAGGAGAAGCUGUGUGAGUGGAUGGGCAACAUGAACUACACCGCUGAGGUGCUGCACGUCCCGUUGUUACUCGCCCCUUUUGCUCCCCAUCUUGCCUUGACUCCAGCUUUUGCUUCCCUUUUCCCACUAUUACCCCAGGAUGUGCAUAUCCUCAACAACGCCCGACCGGACAAGAAGAGGCUGGGAAGCCUGGGUGAGGUGGAUGCCACGGCCCUGACCCCUGAGCUGCUGCUGCAGAUUAGGUGCCUGGUGUCAGGACUCAGUUCCCUGUGUGAGCAUUUAGGGGUAAGGGAGGAGUGUUUUGCUGUAGGUUCCCUCAGUCGGAUCAUAGCUGCAGAUCUGGCCAAUUUCGCUCCUGCCAAGAACAGGAGGAAGACUGCCACAGGCAGGGCAUCAGUGGUCUUUGUGGACAGGACUCUGGAUCUCACAGGGGCGGUUGGACAUCAUGGGGACAGCUUGGUGGAGAAGAUGCUUUCAGUGCUUCCCCAGCUUCCAGGCCACACCACUGACGUGAUGGUUAACGUGGUGGAGCUCACUGCACUCCAGGCCGAGGAGGACAAUCAGAACAUGGUUGCACCCGGCUGCCUUGCACAAUCCAAUGACCCGGCAGCCAAAGCCCUGUGGGAAGCCUUAUUGAACACCAAGCACAAAGAGGCAGUGAUGGAAGUCCGGAGACAUCUAGUGGAAGCGGCAAGCAGAGAAAACCUGCCAAUCAAGAUGAGUAUGGGGAGAGUCACUCCGGGGCAACUCAUGUCCUAUAUCCAGCUCUUCAAGAACAACCUCAGAGCUCUAGGGAAUCACUGUGGACUCCUACAGCUUGGGCUGGCCACCGUUCAAACUCUGAAGCACCCGCACACUGCCAAGUGGGACAACUUUCUGGCUUUUGAAAGGCUUCUUCUCCAGAGCAUUGGGGAGUCAACAAUGUCUGUUGUGUUAAAUCAGCUGCUGCCCAUGAUUAAGCCUUCGAACCAGAGGACCAACGAUGACUACAGCCCUGAAGAGCUGCUGGUCCUCCUCAUAUAUAUUUAUUCUGUCAGUGGAGAGUUCUCAAUGGACAAAGACCUGGGUGAAGGUGAAGAAAAAGUGAAGAAAGCAUUGGCUCAAGUCUUUUGUGAGGAGCCUGAAUUGUCACCUUUGCUCCAAAAAAUCACAGGCUGUGACUCUUCAAUUAACCUGACAUUUCACAAAUCCAGAAGUGCCGUGGAGGAGCUCUUGACUUCGCUUCGGGAUAUUGCUGGCGCUCGGAACCUCAUGAAACAGUUUAAGUCUGUAUACAUUCCUGGAAAUCACACCCACCAGGCAUCCUAUAAGCCAUUGUUGAAGCAAGUUGUGGAGGAAAUAUUUAACCCUGAGAGGCCAGAUCCAGUUGACAUUGAACACAUGUCUUCAGGCCUCACUGAUCUCCUGAAAACUGGAUUUAGCAUGUUCAUGAAGGUGAGCCGGCCUCAUCCCAGCGACCACCCUCUCCUGAUCCUCUUCGUGGUGGGCGGGGUCACAGUCUCCGAAGCCAAAAUGAUCAAAGAUCUUGUGCCGUCCCUGAAGCCAGGAACCCAGGUAAUCGUGCUGUCCACGCGACUCCAGAAGCCACUUAACGUCCCUGAGCUGUUAUUUGCCACUGACCGGCUGCAUCCAGACCUUGGCAUCUGAGCAUCUGCUAAGAAGAUGAGACCUACCAGAGCUGAAAAUCCCAACACUAUUAUCUGUCUCCAUCCAAGAUAUGCCUCCCAAACCAGCGUCCCUGUUACUAAUCAUGGGUAUGACUGAAUUCUGCCCAAAGGGUCUUGAUAACCACACAGUGAAGUACUUUGCUGGGAUUGCUGCGAUUCUUAAAAAAAAAAAAGGAAAAAAAAUUUUUUUCCUAAAGGCAUCAAACUGCCUUCCAGCUGGCCUAAUUCAUGAUAAUUCCCCUUCACCCUUAACUCUCUGUGAUCUUUCUGAUUCCACCUGCAUAUUCAUUCAUUCUAAACAAGUGCCUGUUGGUGAGUGUUGGUAGAUUACAAACUGUUUGAUCUGCAGUUGCUCAAGGAGAAGUUAGACAUGCUUUAGAAUCAUGAGUGUGAGGAAAGUUUCGUUUUUAAGAUUGUGUAGCUGAGGAGGGAACUUUGCAAAUGGGAUCUGAGGCUUUGUUUCUCUCUCGAUCAGAGACAUUUCUGAAAAGGCAAGAAAGGGAGGGGUAGUAGCAGCUAGGGCGGUGCUGAUUGUCUGCCUGUAUUGUAAAUCUCCUGCCUUUACAAAGGGCUGCAUUGUUCCAGUUUGCUUACUGGGCAGGGCUGCCAGCCUGCUUGGAACAGGAGUGGGAGAGAGGUUGAUUGGAGGGCUGUGUCUGCCUGUGAAAGGUUUCCUCUCCUCCCAAAGGAAGGCCCCAGUAAAGAUACCUGGUCCAGGGAGUCUAGGUUGGAACCCCACCCCCUGUGACUUUUGUGAUUUCACAUUUCUUUUAAAGUAUAAAACUUUCUUUUCUGUGGCUCUAACUCUUCCUUCUGGCCCUAACGGAAAAACCUAGAUCCACAGAGUGAAAUUAUAUAAGAACUACAGCAAAAAUGAACUGCUUGGAACCCACAUAUUUGUAGGUGUAUAUUUCAUGGAAACUUCUAGCAUCUCUAAAAGAUGUUUGUAAUAAAGAGAUAAAGCUGCAAAACAGUGGCGUGUGGAUUAAACAGGUGGAGGAAAUAAAAUGUAAACCAAAACACU